AUGCCGGCUUCAGAGAAUCUGUACGCUGCGAAUGACAAUCCAGAUUCAGACGCCGAGUCGUUCGGCGAUGAGCUCAGUCCCACAGAUGGCUACUUUCGCAGCGAAAUACCAUCGAACACGAUGGUCCCAGAUCCAUCUCGGCCGAGUGAUGAUAAGACUGUAGAGGACAAAGUCCUCAUAUCUGGUCCAGCCACACGGACAAACGCUGAGAGGGCGUCCCAGUCCACGAACUCCCCGACCUUAGCACAAUUACUUCCCGCACACAAUUACGCGUCGCCUGCAUCAGGUGCCAACAUGUCGUCCUCUGCAACUUCAAAUACUCCCUCCUUGCCCAGAUCCUUCCAUCGAACAGAACCCUUACGCUCCGAGGACAAUCUAAUCGACGCCGUUGCACCCCCUCCAGCAUACUCUGCUUCACCUCCCUUACCUACCUCCCCACAAGCAUUACAAGACAACCAAAGCUACAACACAUUCCAACAUCACCUUGAACAAUAUCGAGAAGCAAUCAUUCCAAAUUGGUGGCGUGAGAGAAUGGGUGCGCCGAACGGUGAGCUUGACGAGAGAGCCCCACUGGCCGGCUGGAAGAGAAAUUCACGGAGUCGAAUCAUUAUUCGAAAGUUACUUUUUGUUGCACUUGUGAUUACUGUGCUGAUUGGCUCUUUGUCUACUAUGCUGAGUUGGAAAUCCGAAAGUCCCAGCAACCCGCCCGGGAAAAAUCCCAGCAAAGACACGCCGCCUGGUAAACGACCUGUUGGCUCUGGUAGCCCUUACUGCUCUUCUGCUACCUUUCAGAGAAAGGAAGUGACAUACGAAGUCCCACUGGAUGGUGAUUUGGCAGUGAUACAAACAAUCCACGUGAACCACGGAGAUGCCAAAGAUGGGAAUUGGAUGAUAUCGACUGCAGGAGAGAUUCGUCUGAAACGCCUUCCCAAGGAUUCGAAAUACGGUCACGGAAAGGGCCACUUGACAGUCAACGUUCAUGUCAGUGACCCUAGCCUACAAGUGAUACAGACAUUAGAGAAUAAUUCUCGCACCCUAAAAAUCAGUACCCCGAGAUAUGCUAGGCUCGAUACUCCCGGCCCACAUUGUAUCUCUCUCGAGAUUAUAGCUUGGCUACCAGAAGACGCGAAGCUUAGGAACAUGCUCAUAAAGGCCAUCACUCUUACAUUGAGAGUACUAGAUGAUGUCAAAAUCGAUGUAUCUGACCUAUCGACGUUUGAAACGGUUUCAGGAGAUGUUUACUUCCCGCAGAUAUCCGGAUCUGGAGUGUCUUUGAUCAGUAGCUCUCCAUCUUUCGACUCGCCUCAAGCUCCAAAUGCACUCAAGGCCACGUAUUCACCUGAAGCUCCAGACGUACCUAAUAUACCAGAAUCCCCAAUUUCACAACAAGCGCUUCAAUUUAGUUCUCGCCGAAUCGAUGUUUCGACUGUUUCUGGGGAUAUCAAUGGUCAAUAUCCUCUUUUGGACCAUUUGGGUCUCACGUCACAGUCCGGAGACAUCAAAAUCUCGGUGUCCCCACACGAUGCCCUUCCUUCUGCUCCUCUUCCUGCAGAUCUCCUCAUCCAUACAGCAUCUGGUGAUAUCGAUGUGCGCUUGCCCAUUGGAGGCUCUCAGGACCCCCAAUACGUACCACCUCCUCGGGAUUAUAUUACAAAAGUGCAUUCUGCCUCUGGAGAUAUCACUGGAUCAUUCUAUCUUGGCACUUCGGGGCACUUCGAAAGUACCUCCGGCGACAUCACAAUGAAGAUUCUGCCUAUCGUUCAGUCUGGGCCUUCGAAUGAUCCAGAUAAGGACGAAAAUAUCCACUUUGGAACCGAAACCGUCAGCGGAAGCAUGGGAAUAGAAAUUCUUGACCCAAUAUUUAUCUCUCCCGUUGUAUAUGAGCAGCCAGUUCAACGCAACACCUUGGAUCAUUUUCACCCCAUCGGCGACGAUGAUUCUUACGGACCUAACCUCUUACUUCCUCCAACCGGAAAAUUAUUCUCGAUAAAAAAUACGUCUGACUCUAAGCUAGAGAAGCUGCGAAGCCUCCAGUCUUCACAUACCUCUAAAUCUGGUGGUAUCUCUGUUCGCUACCCUGAUGUCUGGGAAGGGAAAGUUUCCGGAAAGACCAUAUCGGGAAAAAUCACCGUUUCUGGUGAGGGUCUGAAGGUGGUCAAGAAUAAGAAGGGAUGGGGCUCUAAGGAAGUGCUAGCGGUGAAAGGAUCUGAUGGCGAUGACGAUGACGCCGGCAGUUCUGCGGUUAUGCAGAGUAUCUCUGGAAAUCAGCGGUUUGUUGUUGGUGCUGCUACUAAUUAA